AUGAUCUUCAAGGGCACCGAAUCGCGGACAGUGCGACAGCUGGAGGAAGAGAUUGAGAACAUGGGCGGGCAUCUGAAUGCUUACACAUCGAGGGAGCAGACCACCGACUACGCCACGGUGUUGGAUAAGGAUGUGCCCAAAGCGCUGGAAAUCCUUGCAGACAUACUUCAGAACUCGUGUUUUGAUGAGAAGCGCAUUGAGAGGGAGAGGGAUGUAAUCCUCAGGGAGAUGGAAGAGGUGGAGGGACAAACUGAAGAAGUUAUUUUUGAUCAUCUGCAUGCAACUGCUUUCCAGUACACUCCACUUGGCAGAACUAUACUAGGACCUGCUCAGAACAUCAAGACAAUUACUAAAGAGCAUCUUAAGAAUUACAUAUCAACUCAUUAUACAGCCCCUAGAAUGCUCAAAUCUUCUCUUCAACUUCACAUUGAUGGUACCAGCCCUGUUGGUGAGGACAUUGGUCGUCAGAUACUUACAUAUGUCCAUAGAAUCCCAGUUGCUGAAUUUUUUGUGAGGAUAAAUGCAGUUGAUGCAAACACCGUUAAGCAUGUCGCUAAUCGCUUUAUAUUUGAUCAGGACGUGGCAAUUGCAGCCAUGGGACCAAUCCAGGGCCUUCCAGACUACAACUGGUUCGGGCGCCGCACAUAUUUGCUCCGCUAUUAGCUGUGCGCUAGUCCUUCAAUAUUUUCCCAAUCAUCAGUGUUAUCAUCCUUGGCCCUUUCUAUCCUGGUGGUGAUUAUGACUACAUGCAAGUUUCAGAUGUCUGAAAAGAUUUUGCUUUUCUUCCACAGAAAUGGUGCUGUAACGUUUCCAUCAGAAAGCUUGUAUAGAUUUUUUUUGUUAAUAAGGUCUGGUCCAACUAUGUUGCCCCGAACGUUUUGCAAAGGAUGGUUGUCGUCUUAUGAUGAACAAUGAUGUUUAUACUUGUAUCAAUUGUCCAAAAGUCGAGCAUUCAUUUUUUAGUAAGCUCACUUUUGUGGGUCA